AAUACAAUACGAGGUACGGAGAGCACUGGCUAUCAUUUUUAAAGUAAUUCAUUUAAAAGGUUUUUUUUUAGAGAAGAAAAUUAUUCCGAUAUAUUGGAGGCAUUAGAAAAAAAGAAAAAACAAUUGAGUAUCUUAUAAAUAAAAUUGAUUUGACUAAUAAUGUGUACAAACGGCGCGCAUUGGAACUAUCUUCUUCAGUUUCGCGGCGAUUCCCUUUUUUCAAAACAAGAAAGCAUCAAUGGAGCAUCAUGUUUGGAGGUCGUGCGAAGGCUCUCUAGACAACACCAAUACACAAUCCCUAACUUCAGUAAGAUCACUCAUUGUCAAUCCUCACACUUCAAAUUCCACAAUCUCAUUAAUCCUCGAAGCCUUAACUCGCUCUCUCAAUCUCACAACUCACUCGCUCACUCGUCAACGCACUCUCAAACUACUGACUGACGUCGCAUCACGCCGCCCUUAUCUCUCUUCUUUGAUUUUUCAGUCUAUCCAUUCAAUUACGCUUGACUUUGAGUCACUCGCCGCGCUCUGUUCCAUUUCUGAGCUAAAUAAGAAUUUAAAAGUGGAGCUUGUUGAUCGUCUUUUUAUUUCGAUGUGUUUUGAUGCGCCGGCUUGUGAGCGGUUGCGGCUACUUAGAAAUGGAGAGAGACUUGGUGUGGGGGUGCAUGUGUUGCUGACGGUGUUUCUAGGGUUUAGUAAAGAUCCUUAUCCUUACGUGAGGAAAGAGGCUUUGAAUGGAUUAGUGAGUUUGUGUAAAUACGGAGUUUUUGAGGAUAAGAGUGUGAUUGAAGGAUGUUAUCGCCGUGGCGUUGAGCUUUUAAAAGACGCUGAUGAUUGUGUACGGUCUGCCGCCGUUAAUUUGGUCAGUGAAUGGGGUCUUAUGCUUAUAGCAGCUAAUCAAGAGGAAGAUAAAACAGAUUGGUUUGAUACUGUAUUCUUACAGCUAUGUUCUAUGGUAAGAGAUAUGAGUAUGGGAGUAAGGGUAGGAGCUUUUAGUGCCCUAGGGAAGAUACAAAUAGUAUCGGAGGACAUUCUAUUACAAACCCUAUCCAAGAAGGUCUUACCAAUCAUCAAAGAGAAGAAGUCUCAAAUUGCAGAAAGGUUUCAGAGUUUGGCGGCAAGUGCUGCUGGUGCUUUUAUGCAUGGGCUUGAGGACGAAUUCUAUGAGGUGAGAAAAUCUGCCUGUUACUCAUUGCGUAAGCUUGUCAUCCUUUCUGCUGAGUUUGCUGGCCGGGCCCUAAACCUGUUAAUAGACUUGCUGAAUGAUAGUUCGUUGGUUGUCAGGCUAGAAGCUCUGGGAACUCUGCAUCAUAUGGCAGCCUCUGAUUGUCUAAAUGUGCAAGAGAUGCACAUGCAUAUGUUUCUUGGCACUCUGAUAGACAAUAAUGAUAUCAUAAGAACUGCAGCAAGAAAAGUUUAUAAAUAUGUGAAGCUGCCCAGUAUGGAGUUGUUUAGACUAUCUAUAGACGGCCUUCUAGGAAAUCUGGAUAUCUAUCCUCAGGAUGAAGCUGAUGUCUUCUCCGUUUUAUUUUAUAUGGGCCGAAGCCAUAAGGAUUUCACAACUAGCAUUAUCAAGGAAGCAUAUCAAGAGAUAGAGCCAGUUUCCAAUGGAAAUAUGAGCCUGGAUAGUGCAAGAGUAGCUGCAUUUCUUGUACUUGCUAUCUCAGCUCCAUUCUCACAUGAUCAAAAUGGCCAAAGUAUUCCACCUAGAUAUUUCUCUUAUGCAGUUACAUUGCUAGGGCGGAUCUCUUUUGCUCUGAGAGAUAUUCUAGACCAAAGCACUCUUUUGGCAUAUAUCUCACGGUGCAGUAGAGCCCCUAUUUCUUCUGGGAUGGAAGUUGAAGGGGAAGAAUCAUCUUUGCCUGUAGGGACUUCGAAUAUAGAAUGCCAACUCAAAGAGCAUGAUCAGUUCAGGAAAUUUAUGGAUCUUAUUUUUGCCAAGGUCAAAGAUGUAUGGGUAUUGGUGCAUUCAAGUUGCAUCAGUGCAGCAUUAAAGACUUUGAGGGCUUGCAAGGAAGAGUUGACAAUGCUCUCUUUGGCAUUGGCUGAACCCACUGGUGUUGUGGCUUUUAUGUCGCAGUACCUGAAAGUAACUAAAUUGCUUGCUAAGAUAUGGGGGAACAUUGUGUGGAAGGUUCAAUCUUAUGAAAUUGGAGAGUUGGAGAUCCUUUUAAGUAAAUUAGAAAGGAGGUUAAGAGAAAUGAGGUCUAGAUUUAUUGGAUUUUCUAAAGAAGAGGAGUCAUAUGUCUUGGAGCUUAUACUUGUGGCAUGUAUAUUGAGGUUGUCCAAAGCUGAAAUCUGCUGUUACCAUACUACUUUGAAAAGGCUGUCUGCUACAAUCUCGCUUAUAGAAUUUCUUCACGAGGAAGGGUCUAUUGAAUUGUCCAAUUUUGUAGUGGAAGUAAAGAAAACUUUGCAUGAAAGUGGCAUUUCAAUAGGUGGUACUCUUUGCAGUCCCUUUGGGUUCAUGAAGUUGAUUGAUCACUUUUCCAUUAAGCAGUUCAGUUCAUGCACAGGAGUAAGGCAUUUAUAUGCAGCAAUGAAUGUUCCUAAUAUUGAUUCUGAAAACCCUCUUCCUUUUGUGCCGGGGCUACCUGUGGCUAUACCUUUAACAAUCACCUUGCAUAAUGUUUUGAGUGAGACUAGGUUGUGGCUGAGGCUGGCAAUGUCUGAAGAGUCAAUUCAGUUUCUCUUCUUAGAUCUGAACAUUCUUGGAGGCAGUGAUGAGGUCAAGAAAUGCACAUUUGUUGCACCCUUUUACAGAACUCCAAAAACAGGUUCAUUCACACUAAGAGUUUGUAUCGGAAUGGAAUGCAUGUUUGAGGAUGUUCAUUCAGUCAAAAACUUUGGAGGUCCAAAACGUCGAUUGGUAUAUCUUUGCCCCGAGAAAGAAGUUUAUCUAAGCAUGGUUUAGGAGUGAAUGAAAUAAAUGGCUUCAUUCCUGAAGGGUGUAGAUCAACUUUUCAUGGUAAUUUUGCUACAAGGAUGCAAAAUUAUAGAAUGAUGCCUUGAAGGCUUGUGAAUCCUAUAAGCUUACCAGUUGCGGUAUGAAGGUGUAUAUUUUGCUGAAAAAUCUUUGACACAGAAUGGAUUUCAAAUGGGGAUACCUGCACGAGAUUGCUUUAUACCCUGCCCCACUCCCAUAUAAUUGUGGUAAGAAGGUGGGUAUGGAAAUAGGAAAACAUCAUUGCCUAGCCUCAUUGAUUCCUCCGACUUGAAAGGCAAUUUCCACAGGUUCAUAUCCAGCACACGAGGUAAACUAGGACCUGUUGGAAGCUUUUAAUUUGUUACCGAUCUAUUUACCCACUUCAGUGGUUUGUUCCAUUCUAUUAUGUACAUUCAGCAUUUAUUAUACCUUCUCUAUUUUUGUAUAUAACUCGUCUCCUUUUUUAACUUUUUUUUCA